GGGACCUGGACCAGUGGCUCUCCCCACCCCCUACUUUAUAAAGGCCCCCGGAGGCUAAGGGACGCUGCACUGCUACACAGCUGCCCAGCCUGGGAACACUGGAUGGCCCUGCCCCAACCUCUGCUUCCGGUGCUGGCAGCUCAGAUCAUGGGAGGCACCCGCUUCAGAGUCUUUCUUGUCCUACAAGCGCUGCGCUUGCUGACUCUGUUGGAAAUUGAAUCUGGGAACAUCGCUGCCUCUGCCUCCACAGCCUGUGCUCGGUGGUGCCCUCCAAACUCCUCAUGUGUCAAUGCCACCGCCUGUCGCUGUCAUCCAGGAUUCAGUUCUUUAUCUGGGGAGAUCAUCACCAGCCCCUUGGAGAGUUGUGAUGACAUCAACGAGUGUGGACCACCCCUGACAGUGCCCUGUGGAAAAUUCGCAGACUGCCAGAACACGGAGGGGAGCUACUACUGCACAUGCCAACAGGGAUACGAGAUGGUUUCUGGGGCAAAAGUGUUCAGAAAUGCGAGUGAGAACACAUGUCAAGACAUAGACGAAUGUACGCUGAAUCCCAGAAUCUGUAAGGGCCGCCAAAUCUGUGUCAACACCCCAAGCAGCUACAUCUGCAAGUGCCCAUCUGGCUUCAAGUUCGACCAGGCGCACCCGAAGCUGUGCUCAGAUGUGAACGAAUGUGCUUCGGAGCAAAAACCAUGCCACAAAUCCACACACUGCCUCAACACUGUGGGCAGUUAUAACUGCCGCUGCCGCCCUGGCUGGAAGCCAAUGCCUGGGUCCCCCAAUGGCCCAAACAACACCAUCUGUGAAGUGGACUUCCCCACCUGGACCCUGCCCCCCGGAAUCAAGAGCCAGAGUCUCUCCCGCUUCUUUGAAGAGGUCAAGGAUCUGGGCAGAAACUUCAAGCCUGCCGUGGCCCAGGACACCAUCAAGAAACUCAUCGAGUCAUUGGACAACUUACUGGAAGACCCCCAGGACCUGGAGACCCUGGCCUUGCCCUCCCGGCACCACAUAGCCACCUACCUGCUGUCAGGCCUCGAAGAAGUCCUGAGGACCCUGGCCUUGGCCAUGCCUAAAGACUCCUUCACCCACCAUUCCCCUAAGAACACAGAGCUGUCCCUGAUGAUCCAGGAGCAAGGAAAUGGAAAUGUCACCAUGGGCCAGAGCCAUGCGCGGAUGCUGCUGAACUGGUCUGUGGCAGCUGGAAGCAACAACUCAGGUCCCUCCAUGGUAGGCAUGCUCUCCAGCGAAAACAUGAAAAAACUGCUGGACAACGCCUCCUUGAAGCUGGACCCCGAGAAGAAAGCCAAGCUGGAAAAGAUACAUGAGAGUCCUGUCAACGGUGCCAAACUCGAGCUCCUCUCUGCUGUCAACUCUGUCUUUCUGAGCAACAAGAACACGGAGAAACUAGACUCCCCUGUCACCUUCGCCUUCUCCCACACUUGGAAGGAGCCUAAGGAACACCAGGAGCUGAUCUGUGCCUUCUGGAAGGGUGACAAUGUCAGUGGCGGGUACUGGGCCACCACAGGCUGCUGGAAGCUGGGCAGCCAGAAUAAAAGUACCACCUGUCGAUGCAGCCACCUGAGCAGUUUUGCCAUCCUCAUGGCCCACUAUGACAUCCAGGAUCCAAAGCUGGCCCUGAUCACCAAGGUGGGACUGGCACUGUCGCUGGUCUGCCUGCUGCUGUGCAUCCUCACCUUCUUGCUAGUGCGGCCCAUCCAGGGUUCCCGCACUACCGUGCACCUGCACCUUUGCAUCUGCCUGUUUGUGGGCUCCUCCAUUUUCCUGGUGGGUGUCGAGAAGAAAGGCGAACAGAUGGGGCUCCGCUGUCGCCUAGUGGCCGGACUACUGCACUACUGGUUCCUGGCCGCCUUCUGCUGGAUGAGCCUCGAGGGCCUGGAGCUCUACUUUCUCGUGGUGCGCGUGUUCCAGGGCCAGGGCCCGAGGAAGCGGUGGCUCUACCUGAUCGGUUACGGCGUGCCCGGCCUCAUCGUGGCUAUCUCGGCGGCUGUCUCGGCGGCUGCCCUCAACGGCGAGGGCUACGGCCAUAAAUUCCACUGCUGGCUGGACCGCCAACAAGGCUUCCACUGGAGCUUCCUGGGACCCGUGAUUUUCAUCAUUUUGUGCAAUGCUGUCAUCUUCGUGACAACUGUCUGGAAGCUCACUCAGAAGUUCUCUGAGAUCAACCCAGACAUGAAUAAAUUAAAGAAGGCGAGGGUGCUGACCAUCACUGCCCUGGCACAGUUCUUCCUGCUGGGCUGCACCUGGGGCUUCGGCCUGUUCCUCUUCAACCCGAGGAGCGAGGUGCUGGCCUACACCUUCACCAUCCUCAACUGCCUGCAGGGCCUGUUCCUCUUCCUGCUGCACUGCCUGCUCAACAAGAAGGUGAGGGAGGAGUACCGGAAAUGGGCCUGCAUGGUCACUGGGAACAAGUACUCAGAGUUUGCCACGUCUACAUCGGGGUCCAGCCACAACCAGACUCGGGUCCUCAGGCCCUCCGAGUCUGGCAUGUGAAUAUGCAGUUCUGGCCAGGCCAGCAACUCCUGUGGCCUCAGCAGCUUUUGCACGUGCUGAAGACUGUCCCCUUCUCUCCGACCACUCAGCUCCUUCUGUCAUCCUGCCCCCAUGUGUGCAUCGGGGAGGAGGAGCUUACAGUUGUUGCCUGACGCCAAACCCGAGUACACAGCUCGGGUGGAAAGUCAGACCUGAGGGGCCUGCUUCUAGCUCCCUCUGCUGCACCCCAGCUAGGAUCCAGGGUGGGCUGGAGCUGGCCCAGGUACACAAUGCCCCGAAAGGCUGAGGCUCCUGUGCCCACCUGGCCUCCCACUCACCUGUCUCUGCUAUAGAACAAGAGGCAAGAAUGCUGCGGUUCAAUUUUCCUGUUAAGCUAAGACUGAGGUCAGGGAUGGGAGAAGGGAAGGGCCCUUCCUGGCUUCACUGCCUGUGGCUCACGGUACAGAGACCUACCUGCCCCACACCGGGGCAGAGGGUUCUCACUGUUAUGAAGAUGUUGGAUGUUGUGUAAUGUUGUUUUUUUUUUAAUCUGUAUAAACUUUUCAAUGUUGACACUUAAAAUUAAAUCUCACAGAUACAGAA